AUGGGAUCUCCUUUAGUUUGGAAAGAACUUAAUGAAGGAAGUAAGCCAUAUUAUAUUGGUGGUCUUCCAGAGUUUUUAGAUUAUUGCCAUUCAUAUUACAAAUUUGACUAUUUUAUGGCGGAUUCUAAAUUCAAAGGCUUGACUGAAAACUGUAAUCAAUAUCGGACAAAAAUUAAAAAGGACAAACAAGAUGUACAGUCGAAAAUGUCUGCAGAACAUAGGAUACCAGAAAGUGUAUCAAAAAAUGAUUAUGUUGUAUGUAUAUCAGGAGCUGGAUAUCAGUUGUCGGAACAUCUACUAUCACAGCUACUAGAACUCUCGGUUGGCACUAAAACUAUAGCCAAAAUAUUUAUCUAUGAUAGGGAAUGCCCUAGCGCACCUAUAGAUAAGAUAGAACAUGAAUGUAGUUACAUUGAAACGAACUACUCUGGAAAAGUAGUAAAAUGUGUUGAAAAAAUUGGUAUAGCUCUAACUUAUUGUGACCUUUUGAUAGUAUUGGAUCACGUGCCCUUUGAGAUGGAUUUGCCUAUUGGGGAUUGGUUAGAAGCUAACAAGCACAUAAUGGAAGAAAUAGCUUUAAUGCUUAAUGCAUCGGCACCGCGAGAUAUACGUAUUCUAUUGCCUAAUCUUGGUCCAGCAUGUUACAAUGCAACAAUCCUAAUGAAAGCGGCGAACAUUGAAAAACAUAACAUAGUGGUAGCGACUUCGGAUUUAGGCUUGGAGGUAGCUCCAGUAAUAGCGGAAAUAGCAGAAGUGCCUAUGCGAACCAUGUUCUGUCCUCCUGUGUGGGGAUUUGUGGGAGUUAAUCACUUAGUGGAUAUAAGAACUACAAUACAUAAAUACAAUACAUUCCAGCCUUACAAGAGAUACACAAGGGUCAAAAAUUCUACCUUAAAUAUAGGUUCCAUUACUCCAGAAAUGAGAACAAUGGAAUAUUUAAUGAUAUUUGAUAAUACUUUGUGGACGAAGGUCGUGGAAAAGAGAAAACAAGCAAGCUUAUCACAAUUACCAAUUAAUAAAAUCGUCAGUCUUGUUAAUGUGGUCAAACUUUGGCUCUUUGGUGCUGAACCUGAUGAGAUCAUUUGUCUCGGCAUAAAAUGUAAUGGAUCGUUUAAUUUACAUUUCGACGGUGCCUUCUCACAACCAGCGCAUUAUAUUAAUGGAAAGUGGAUACCAGCGGAUAAUUAUUUAAUGCCAAGAGAUCCUGAAAUGAAACUACCACAUUUAGAGGAAAUGGCACGAUUAUGCAUGAAUAUGCAAAAGGGAAAUUUACCAAAAGUUGCAUCUUAUACACCAUGUAGUUGUAAACUAAGUAAAUCUACGAAAGUAGGAAAGAGUUCUCGUAUUUACAAGUAGUCUAUUAUUUAAAGCAAUUCUGUUUGGUUUUCCUUUUUAUUUUAUACCAAC